AUGUCUUACGGUGGAUACAGCAACGGCCCUAGCCGCGGUGGCUACGGCGGCGGCGCUCCUCGCGGCGGCCCUAGCAGCUACGGUGGCGGAGGUGGCGGCUACGGCGGCGGCUCCUACGGCGGCGGUUCCUCCUCGUACGGCGGUGGAGGAUACGGCGGCGGAGCUGGCGGCGGCUACGGCGGUGGCUACGGUGGUGGCUUUGGCGGCGGAGACCGCAUGAGCAACCUCGGUGCCAACCUCGGUGCUGUCGACUGGAACAGCGUCGACCUUGUCAACUUCGAGAAGAACUUCUACAUCGAAGACCCGCGCGUCGCCGCCCGCUCCGACCGCGAGGUGCAGGACUACCGCGCCUCCAAGCAGAUGACCAUCCAGGGUCAGAACGUCCCCAAGCCCGUCACCUCGUUCGACGAGGCUGGCUUCCCGGACUACAUCCUUUCCGAAAUCAAGAAGAUGGGCUUCUCUGAGCCUUCGGCCAUCCAGUCUCAGGCCUGGCCCAUGGCGCUCAGCGGUCGCGACCUCGUCGCCAUCGCCGAGACCGGUUCGGGUAAGACCAUCGGCUUUGCCCUCCCCGCCAUGGUUCACAUCAACGCUCAGCCCCUCCUCAAGCCCGGCGAUGGUCCCAUCGCCCUCAUCCUGGCCCCCACGCGUGAGCUCGCCAACCAGAUCCAGGUCGAGUGCAACCGCUUCGGUGGCUCGAGCCGCCUGCGCACUUGCGCCGUCUACGGUGGUGUGCCCAAGGGCCCCCAGACCCGCGACCUGCAGCGUGGCGCCGAGAUUGUCAUCGCCACCCCUGGUCGUCUGAUCGACAUGGUCGACGCCGGCAAGACCAACCUCCGCCGCGUCACCUACCUCACGCUCAUGUUCUCCGCCACCUGGCCCAAGGAGGUGCAGCGUCUUGCCGGCGACUUCCUCAACGACUUUGCCCAGGUCAACAUUGGCUCCACCGAGCUCGCCGCCAACCACAACGUCAAGCAGAUCAUCGAGGUCUGCUCCGAGUUUGAGAAGAAGGGCAAGCUCAUCGGCCACCUCGAGACCAUCUCGCAGGAGAACGGCAAGGUCAUCAUCUUCACCAGCACCAAGCGUGUCGCCGACGACCUCACCAAGUACCUCCGCCAGGACGGCUGGCCUGCGCUUGCCAUCCACGGUGACAAGCAGCAGCAGGAGCGUGACUGGGUGCUGGCCGAGUUCAAGUCGGGUCGUAGCCCGAUCAUGGUCGCUACCGCUGUGGCGUCCCGAGGUCUCGUGUCGCAAUCCUCCUCCUCGCACAUUCCUCCUUCCGCGCUGCCCGCCCUCGAGUACGGCGUAGGGGCAUGGACGGAAGCCAGUCAACUGCAACGCUGGCGAGCUUCACGCUCGCGUAGCUCCGUUUCAUCUUGCUCGGCUUUCCUCCCUGUCGCACGUAUUCUUCCGCGCGAACGGAUUCAAGCGAUCCGUCCGCCAAAACAGGUUUGCACUGUCCGCAUCGGCGUGCCGAAGCACUCAACAGUGCCUCAGGUCCUGCCAGAGAGCGCAUCCAAUUCCUCCUCCGCAAGCCAUCAAGAGAAGCCCCUCAUCAACAUCGCAUUCAAGUUCAAGGAGAUCGCCGCGUCGACGUCCGCAGCCGCUGCGGCGCCAGUGCCUCCCUCCUUUGGGGUCUCUGCACUGGCCGCGUCGUAUGUUCGCUGCUGCUGGUACCGGCAGCCGUGUUGUCGUUGCGACGAGCUCGCUGUCGUACCGCGAGAAUCAGUCGCGGCUCAGAUUCUUCCCUCCCCGUUUGGUCGCUCCAUCUCUUUCGCCAUCUCGGUGGUGCGAGGAGAUGUCAGCCACUCGGCUACCGGUCGCAUUCUGACUGCAAGGCUGGCAGCAUCGGCAGUGGCACUGCUAGCACCUUGGCGGCUGCGACAGCCGCUGGUGCCAGGAAACGUCAAGGACAUUUCUUAUGUCAUCAACUACGACUUCCCCACCAACACGGAGGACUACGUGCACCAGAUUGGCCGUACCGGCCGUGCAGGCCGCACGGGUACCGCCUACACCUUCUUCACGCCCGAGAACUCCAAGUCGGCGCGAGAGCUGGUUGGCAUUCUGCGUGAGGCUAAGCAGGAGAUCCCGCGCGAGAUCGAGGAGAUGGGCCGCUUUGGCGGCGGAGGAGGCGGCCGUGGCUUCCGUGGCCGUGGUCGUGGCCGUGGCCGCGGUGGCUUCGGCGGCGGAGGACGCACGGGUGCCAACUCGUUCGCUGUCGGCAACUCCCGAUGGUAG